AAGGGAUGGCCCUUCACCUUACGCAUACCAAAAACGAGUAUAACUAGUCACUGAUGGUUUAAAUAAAAUUGUUCGAGCACAAUAAAUCUGUCCUAUCGACUCAUAAUUACAGCGAAUGUCAAUUACUUCAAAAUUAGAAUUCAAAUAUAACAAGGAGGGGAAAUAUUGUGGAUAUAAAUAAGAGUUGUUCGUUUGAUCAUCUAGUCACGAAUAAUAAACAUGGAGCCUAUUGCACAUCUUGUAAAAGUAUCUGUGCCAAACUAUUUAUCUAAUUUACCAAUUCCUGAUUCGAUUGGAGGGUGGUUUCAGUUAGGAGUAAAAGAUUGGUUUUCAUUAAUUCCACCGACUGCUGUACUUGUAGGAAUUGGGUAUAUGUCCUACCUAUCUUUCUGUCCAAAAGCUAGAAAAGGAAAUUGUAAACGAGUUAAUUCCAAAAUAAAAUUAUUAAAUAAUAAAGUUGUUGAUGUAUUAGACAUUGAAAAUAUAACUGAAAAUGUUGCUUUUUGCCGUUGCUGGAAAACCAAAAAUUGGCCCUACUGUGAUGGUUCUCAUGCAGGUCAUAACUCUAAAUGUAAUGAUAAUUUAGGUCCUCUUGUUAUUAAUAAGAAAAACUAAAAAUAAAGUAAUUUUUCAUAAUAACCAUUGAUGUAAGCAGAGUCAUGUACAUGUUACCUAUUUUUCAUAGUCUAUUGGGAGGUACAUUUGAUGUAAAUUGGUAUAUAAGGAAUUCUAAAAAAUUGUCAUUAAACAAUCUUCUA